AUGACACCCUUUCAUGAGAACGUAUGCGCUCCUUUGUUGAUUGGCUUGUGUCACUCGUCGUCGGACCAAUGUCUCUCCUGGCCAUUUAUUGCUCUUGCUACUGCUGAGCACGCAGCCAUGAUCAAGAACACAAAUUCAAGCUACAACCACGUACGAAUUAGUGCUGAAAAUCGUAAUCUCAAGGGUAUAGAGAAAGAUACACCAGACGAAGAAAGAUCGUUUCCUGGUUCUAACCAGAUGCGGCGCUAUUUUGACGCAGUAGCCCAAAAUAAAGACGUACAGCACGUUUUAAACACAAUCAAACGAGCUUUUAAAAAAGACACAAGACAUGCGUCAGUGUCAAUGUUGAUCGGACUCGCAAAAAUGCUCACGUUUGUAGGUAUCAUCGCUGGAACAACUGGGUACUUUGUUUAUCGAGUCAGUAAUAGUUAA